AUGGACGAAUACCCGGCCGGCAGCCUGGACCACAACCUCCCGUUGCUGGUCGUCUCCGGCCUCACCUCCGGGCCCACGAAGCCGCUGCUCACCGACCCGGACCUGAAGGAGCAGAGCAUCCUGAUCCGCUCAGAGCUGCCGCCCCUCGACAGCCGUGAGGCCAAGACCAUUCUGCGCUGCAUACAGGAGGCAGAUGCGACCGACCUGCCGUGGAACCCCCAGGAGGGCGACAAGAAGCACAGGUUCAAGAUCAAGACCAUCGGGAGGGAUUUCCUCCUCCCUCCGAGACGUGCGCGCUUGCCAGAGGACUUCGAAGCCCCGCUGUCGCCCCCUGUUUUACACUCGCCCUUCUCGCCCCUGAGCCCCGGCUCGACCUUAUAUCCAGAUGGUCUGAUAGAUACAAGAUGGCUGUCGAAGCACCAGGAGCUGAUCCCGAGCAUCUGCCUCUGCUUCUACAGUCUCACGUCCGAUCCGACCUUGGCCACACUGCACGACAACCAGCUAAAGACGGAUAUCAACGCCCUCAAGAAUGCCAUCAGCCGCUCCGGCUACAAGUGUCGUCUGGUCGCCGUUAUCAUGAGCGACCAGGCGCCAGAUUCUAUGGGCGCUUUUCAGGAGAGGCUCGAAAACAUACGAUGGGGCACCGGGCUAGACCCCAAGACGUCCUUGUUCGUCCUGCCCACCCGGCGGUCCGAGACAGAGCUGGAGACCGCUGUCGACAGCAUCUUGAGCGCCGUCUUCGUGCAGGCUUCCGAAUACUAUCGUGAGCUUGGCCGCCGGUCUCGCAAGAAGAAAGGGCGUGGGAUUGCGCCACAGCCGACAAUUCCUCCCACAAGCGGCACCUCCCACACCUUGUCUCUUCAGGGCUGGAAUGUUCGCUACGAUUUCAAGGCCGGCGUCUUUGCCGAGUUCCGCCAGGAGAUGGACGUGGCAUUGCGCUCGUACGAGCAGGCAUACGAAUCGUUGUUUGGCCAAGACGUCCUGGAGACCGUUCCUAGCUGGAGUCCUAGAUUCAACCACGGCCGACUUGUGGCCGACACGCUGGCGAUUCGCAUACUGCGAUGCCUCCUUUGGACCGGGCAGAGCACCGCUGCGGUGCGCAGGUGGCAGGCGCAUCGGGCGAGAACGUCUGACUUCUUGGACCGGAGAGGCCGCGGGACCCAGAACUACGGCUGGCAGGCUUGGGAAGCACGCUGGGCUCAGACCAUGGCGAACUUGAUCGAAAAGGUCGAGUAUCCGGAGCUGGCGCCUACCUCACAGUCCCUCUUCCGUCCGCCAGAGAAAGCCCUUUCGGCCGAGCGAUUGCAACCUUGGGAGCUCCUCCACCACCCAGGGUACUGGUACCGAACCGCCGCGCAGCACGCCCUCGAUCGGAGGAAACUGGCUCAUUUGAUCCCGGAGGACUCCCGGAGAGCGCCCGAUGUAUCCGAAGUGUCAAAAUCCGCCGCAAAGGCGUACAACUCGUUUGAUACCUACAUGUGCCCCGAACCCUACGAGGAGUAUCCUCUAGAUGGCGAGGGAACGAACCAUGGUCGCCAGAUCCUUACGUACCUUAACUCUGCCCGCACGGAAUUCCACAAGCGGCAGCAAGUGCGCUUGGCUGCCGACGUCGCUCUCGACGCGGCAAAGGAGCUGGAGCUACUAAAGCAAUGGAAGCAGCUCUUGGAGCUGUUGACGCCUCUGUGGCGAGAUAUGUACUUUCGCAAAGAGGGGUGGUUGGACGCGACCGAGUCUCUCAGUUGGAUUUUGCGGAGAGCCGCGGUUGAAGCCGACCAAGCCGAUCUCGUGGUUGCUCUCGAUUGGGAACUGCUGAAUAGUCGCUAUUCCCAGCAACCUAACUGGCACUACGAUCUCACGAAGUCCCUGGACAACGUCAAGGUCGACCAACGCCCCGAAAUCACCAUCAGAGAUGAGAAUAUCACCUCGUUUCUUACCUCUUCCUUCGUAUUUAAGCAUGACGAAGGGAGAGCAGGUCAAACUUGCCCCGCUCAGCUCGUCAUCAAGUCGAAUGCGUUCCCCAAAAGUCCCCCAGUCGUCUUGAAGAGCAUCCAGGUGGGCUUUGAAGGGAGUGUACGUACAUUACACCUCAAGCAUGUACCCAACAGUGGCCGAGAGGCUGGCUCCAGAAAGAUUAUGGUGACUUCUGUGGGCCUCGAGGAGGUCGAGUCUGAGGCGCAAGACUCCGAUGCAGAGUCUGAGUCUGGCAAUCGGUCGACCCCUUCGGUGAUAUUGCAAGGCGAGGACAACCUGACGCUAUAUCCGGGCCAGACUCGAGUCUUCCAAGUCGAUGUACCCCUGAGGGAAGCCGGCGAGGCUCAAGCCUCCGAGGUCACCGUAAUCGUGGCACCGGAAACGUUCCAGCUUGCCUACAGCAUGAAGUUGCGAGAAGACAAUGCUAUUGGGCUUUGGUAUACUACCACUGGAAGAGUGAAAGUUACAAAGAUCAACGCUCAGAACAUCAAGGUCCUACCGCGGCCGCCAAAGAUGGAAGUCAAGUUCAUCAAUGUGCUCAAACAGUACUAUGCAGGAGAGCCGAUACACAUAGUGGUCGACAUCGCCAAUGAAGAGGAUGUCGACGCACAGACUAAACUUGAUGUUCACCUCUACGGACAGGAUGUCCCAGCAUUCAAGGCCCAAGUCGAAGAUGGCGACAGCCAAGCCAGCACGGGAGAAGGCGAGGAGGCGAAGCUGAAUGGGCUUGACGCUGGCACCAUCGGAACCUCCAAGUCUACAAAGGCCACGGUCAUUAUCGAUCCAAUCAACCGACCCACGGCCUACGACCUCACCAUAAAGGCAUGGUACAACCUGGUUUCGGACCCGGCCACGCCGAUUGUACAGAUUGUGGCAUUCCAGAUCAACAUUGUCAACCCCUUCGAGGCGAGCUACGAUCUGGUGCCGCGACUGCACAGAGAGCCGUGGCCGAGUAUCUUUGACCCCGAGGGAAUCCAAGCCGUCACCGAGGAGGGGGAGCACGAAGUCCCCUCGCAACCGAUGGGCCUGGCUCAGAAAUGGUGUCUUGUCACGAAAUUCGGUUCCUUCGCGACCGAGGACAUCCGAGUGCUGGAUCUCGACGUCAAGGUGUUGGAGACCCAAGGAGCCGCCCGCUGCACCGUGUCCAAGAACCAAACGCUGCCCGCGGACGGGUUGACCAUGGCGCCAAGGACCAUGGAGGAAGCGCGCUUCGAUCUGGUCGCGCAGAAACUCAGCCUGGACGACCGCGCCCCGUCAACGGCCGACCUGGCGUUCACCAUCAAGUGGCAACGGGCCUCUGGCGACCGCCCUGCCACCGCGACCCCCAACUCGACCACCUUCCUCCUCGACCCCUUCUACGUCACCGUGACCGAGCCGCGCGUCCUGGCCAGCGUGUCGUACAGCCGGACGUCGAGCCCGUCGUCGUCCAAGAUCCCCAGCACGGUGUCGUCGUCGUCCAGCGCCGGCGCCGGUGCCGGCCCGCCGCUGAUCCUGCUCGACAUCACGAUCGAGAACCCGUCCAACCACUUCCUGACGUUCGGCCUGGCCAUGGAGCCCUCGGAGGGCGGCUUCGCCUUCUCGGGCGCCAAGGCCACGACGCUCAACGUGCUGCCCGUCGCCCGCCGCACCGUCACGUACCGGCUCCUGCCCUUGGUUUCGGGAGGAGCCUGGAUCCGCCCCCAGCUCGUCGUCCGCGACAAGUACUUCCAGAAGGUGCUCAAGAUCAUCCCUACCGAGGGUAUGCGCAAGGAGGGCGAUGGCUUCGCUAUCUGGGUGCCCGAUAACGUGGACGAGGACGAGAAGGCGGUCGGAGGGGAAAGGAAAAGGGAAGGUGAAGGGGAUGUUAAGGUGGAAUCUUCGUAG